UGUUGUUAGAGCUGAGUGGCGUUAUGGCGAAUUACGGCCACUUUUCACUAGCGGAAGUGCUCAUCCACGGGGCUACCGCAAUGAUAGAGUCCGUUGAAGGCUCGGAUUCCACUAAGCUUCUGAAUUCACGAAUUCGUCUGGCUACUAUCUUUCUCAGCAGCGGCCAAUAUGAUAGGGCCAUCAGUGUCAUUGAAGCUUUGUUACUGGCUAGUGUUCCCGCCCAUUGUAGAGCGCAUUUCGAGCUGCUGCUGCUGCUUUCAGAGGCUUUGAUCAAGCAUGAUUGGCUGCGGGAGUCCCACGAAGUGUUGGGGCUUUUUCCGCGAAACAAACGGACGCUCGGGGGGCCAUGUGGACACGUGCAUUCUUAUAAGAGCCUUCAGCAGACCCCGGAAGAUGAGCCUGACGACGAUUUUUAUGAGACUUUUGAGUGUGCGAGAUACAACCGGAAGCUUGUUAUUAAAGAAGAACUACAAAAUGUUUCGCGUGAUCUUUUGUUCAAGUUUUGGUGUCUCUGUGGGAAGUCGCUCUUGAAAAACAAUGAAUGUUUGAGAGCUUUUGAUGCUUAUAAUGAAGCUCUUGCUUUUUGCAGUAAAGAAAACUUAAGCCAAAGCGGACAAGUUUUUUAUAAAAAAGGGAAAGUUCUUCAUGCGCUGCUCCAAACAAAUUCUCGCUGCGUUAUGCCUUUAGUGAUACGUGAAGGAAAAGAAGAAUGUAAAAUAAAAAGUUUUUCGGAGGUUUAG